CUGGCGGCGCAGCCCCCCGCGCGUGGCCUCCCCGAAGGCGCAGGCCCCGCGCGUGGCCUCCCCGGCGGCCGCUCCCCCCUGCGCGAGUGCCUCCACGGUAGCGCACCCCCUGCGCGUGGCAUCCCAGGCGGCGCGGCGAGCCCUCCCCGGCGUACGGCCUCCCUCCUUCACGCAAGGACCCCCCGAGCAAACUAGUACUGAGUAAUCGAUUCAAAAUCGAGCGGAAUGGAUUCUGCUGAAGUUCCCGAGGGUAUUGAUCCAAAGAGUGCAUGUAGAAUAGAAAUCACUGUUAAUUCUUACUUUACCAUGCGAGAUGGUAGAAAGGAGUACAAUCGGGGUAGGACAAUAAGCUAUGCUGUUGAUUCUGAAGAAUACUCAAUUAUUGAUCUUGAAAAAGAUGUUGCUGAAGAAUUCAAAUGGGGCAGCGACCAACAAACAAAUUUCUGGGUUCUUAUAGGCGGUCAUGUGACCAGCAAAUUGGCUUCAGAUGCACAGUUUCUUGGCUUGUUAAGGGCAUCUAGAGUGGUGAAGUUGUUAAUGAUAGUGGGCAGACAGGAGCACAAUGUGAGAGAGGAAGAGAUGCCUACUGCAGUGAAUAUGGGAGAGGAGGAUAUGCCUGUUGCAAUGAACAUGGAAGAGGAGGUGAUGCCAGAAACAAAGGACAAUGCUUUCGAUGCACUAGAUGAAGGAUUUUUAUGGGCAGAAAUACCUGAAUAUGAGGAAACAACUGGAGGGCCACCAGUGGCUGAAGAGGAAGAGAAGGAGCACUUCAUCAUUGGGGGAUGCGAUCCUAAUGGAGAUGAGCCUGCUGGAGUAGACGAAGAGUGGAGGUACUUUAAAACCCUAAACCAUGUAGUUAUUAAUCCGGCUGAAAAUCAUGAAGUUGAGGUGCAAAAUAGAAAGAGGCCAAGGUCUGUUCCAGAAAUCAGUGACUAUGAUACAGAAGUUGUUCAUGAUGAUGAGGCUACUGUGCUUGAUGAUUUUAUUGUGCCUCACACAUCACAUUAUACAGAGAAUCCAGGCAUUAAGGAGGGUGACACAUUUGUGGACAAGAAUGAUUUUGUCCAAACUAUAAAACAAUAUGCCAUAAAAAAUGAGUUUGAGACUAGGCUUGAACAAUAUGCCAUUAAGGACGAGAGGCUUCCAUAUCUUGGAUAUCUCAAAAGGUGAAAGAUGUUAUAAAAGAGGAUCCUACUUUAGGUGCAAAGAAGUUACAGAAAAGAUUGGAGAAACACUACAACAUUCAGUUGUCAUAUUUUAAAGUGUGGUCUAGAAGGAAGUCUGCAAUGGAGGAUCUUCAUGGUACUUGGGAGGAGAGCUUUGAAAUGUUAUGGAGAUUCAAAGCAGCACUAGAAGAAUCGUGUCCAGGAAGCAUUGUUGAGAUUGAUUGCAAGAAGAUUAAUGGUAAAAUGCAUUUCUCCAGGAUGUUUGUAGCAACUAGAGCUGUGUAGAUGAUUUUCUAGCUGGGUGCAGACCUUACCUUGGGGUUGAUUCUACUCACCUAACUGGAAAGUAUAAAGGACAGUUAGCUACAGCAACUUCAAUCGAUGGUCACAACUGGAUGUAUCCAGUUGCAUAUGAAAUUUUUGGCAAAGAGAUAAAUUCCAACUGGGCAUGGUUCAUGGCACAACUGAAAAGAGCAGUUGGUACUCCCUUUGGACUAACAAUUCACACCGAUGCUUGUAAGGGAUUAGCAUAUGCUGUCAACAAGGUAUUCCAAGGUGAUGCAGAACACCGUGAGUGUUUUCGGCACCUCAUGGCUAAUUUCAGAAAAAGGUUCAAGGGUGAUGUGCUGAAGUAUAUGUGGCCUUGUGGAUGGGCAUGUACAGAUCGUAGGUUUGAUACACUCAUGGAGAAAAUAGCAGCAGCUAGUCCUAAAGCAAUUCCCUUUUUAAAUAAGCAUCACAAACUCAAAUGGAGCAGAUCUAAAUUCUCCAAAGCAUGCAAGGUUGAUUAUGUCAACAACAACAUCUCAGAAUGCUUCAACAAUUGGAUUAAAGAUUACAAAGACCUUCAAGUUGCUGAGCUGAUGGAUAAGAUUAGGGAGAGGAUCACAGAGAAGCUUUACACAAGGCAGGACAUAGUUAAUAGAAUGGAAGGGCGUAUCCUGCCAAGUGUGUUACAUGAGUUGAACAUGAAGAGCCGACGGUUGCAGUAUGGGAUAGUGAAAACUGGUGCAAUGACAGCUGAGAUAUCAGGAAUAACGAAAGAAGGGAAGAAUUGGAGAGUUCCUGUUGACAUUGAGCAAAGAACUUGUGGCUGUGGACAAUGGCAGGUUUCUGGAAAACCAUGCACUCAUGCAAUAGCUCUAUUUUGUCACCUUAAGAAGUUUAACAUUGAAAACUUUGUAGAUGAGUACUAUUCUGGAGAGAGGUUCAAAUUAGCUUAUCAGUUUACAGCCACUCCGUUAGGUGACAAGACACAUUGGCCAAAAUUUGACCCUGGGUUUAAAAUGAUUCCUCCAAAGCUUGAAAGACCCGCUGGUAGACCAAGGAAGAAAAGAAUCAAGGCUAGUGGUGAGGCUGGGAAAAGAGGACAAUAUCAGUGCAAAAGGUGCUUUCUGUUUGGACAUAUAGAGGGGUUGCACAGCUACUCAAGCUGAAUUAGAACAAGAGCUUCCCCCGCCACGUCCAAAAAAAUAAAAAAAAGCAAAGGAAAUCUGAAUCCGAAGGUGUUGAAGCCUCUGUUAUUGAUGCUGAAAAUGUUGCAGAUCCAAAACUGACCUCUAGUACAGGUGUGAAAACAAGAAGCAUGUCUCUUUCUCCAACUAGCCCAGGUCCUACAACAAGGAGGAUGGCAUCCAUCUUACCUGGAGGAAUUAAUCGGAGGCUCAUUAUUAGCUAGAUAUAUUACUGUCCUUCUCUAUUUUGUGUGUGAGCAUGGCUGUGCUAGUGUGGGGCCUUUUGUGUGUAAAUAUUUUGCCGCUAUGCAACACUAUGUCAGAUUGUAGUACUUAUGUUGUCAAAAUUGCAAAAACUCUAUGCUGCAAUUAGGGUACUGAAAUGACAACAAAGUUAUGUUAUAUAUGUGCUCAAAUAUUGUGUUAUAUCCUGCUGAAAUCAUGUUUGUGUAAUGUUGA